UGCAGUGCGAGUGAAUGAACUGACCCAAUUCGAAACGAAACAACAACACACAAAACAUUUCCAAUAAUUUCUUAGGGAGUCACUCUCGGUCCAUACGAUCACUCACCGCCUUGAUAUUCCAGAAGCUUAGAGGUCAACUCUUCUGCUCAUUAGCUACUUUCUCCUACAUCCAGACAACAUCGCACCCGUAUCCACUUCUACCCGCUACCCUAUCGCGACCACCAGAGUACCAUCUACCCAAUCCUCACCGCGUAUUCUACAGCGCGUCGCCAAUUGAACAUACACCUUCUACUCCAUACAACUGCCAAAAUAUUCUCUUGAUCGUCCAAAAUGGAUAUCCUACAAGACUACCUCCCUUUACUCCACAACCUCCUCCCGCCUUCAAUCAUAUCCCCAUUCUUCAAGACCCUCACGACCAUCUUCGCGACCCUCCAAACCAUCUCCACGCACCUGCAUCCCCUCUACACGCGAGUCCUCACCGCCCCGGACGCAACCUCCGUACUCCUCCUAAUCGUCAUACUCUUCCUGUCGUUCAAGAUCCUCGACAUGGCGUACCGCGCCGUGCUCUUCUGGGUGCGCCUCGUGCUGCGCAUCGCGUUCUGGGGCACCGUCGGCUUCGUUGGCGUGUGGAUCUACAAGAGGGGUGUCGACGGGUUCAUCGAUGAUGUGGAGGGUUUGGCGAGGUUUUGGUGGGGCGAGUGGGAGCGGUUCGAAGGCGAUGUUAGGGAUAAUAGGCGGAGGAAAGAGGAGGAGAUUUUCUUGUCGCAGCAGGCGUCUAGGGGGCGGUCAGGCAAGAGUUGGGGGAGGUGGUGAGGUUCCUGUUAUAAGGCCGAUUAAGGCGCGAAGAGUUGGAUACUUGCGUAGUAGUGUUGGGAACAAGGUCGAUAUGGAGAAACGAACAUCUGUGUGGAAGAGAAGGAUUUAUUGAUAUGAGGAUCUGGAUAUAUAAAAGUGUUUGCAUUUCUGGCGCUCACGCGGGAGGGAAAGACGAUUGUUUUGCAUUUUCCAGCGAAAGCGUUGUUACUGUUGUAGUGGUUGUCGCUAUCAGAGUUCCAGACAACAUAUUGGAUUGGAAAGGAUAUCUUUAAGAUCAUGGAAAUGAUCAGAAGAGACUGGUUUAGAAUAGUUUGGCAGCUCGCCCACGGGAUGAAAGGAAUGAUUAACGACUAUCAAUAACAUACACUUACACAAUUGUUAC